AACCGAGAUCAUCUGGCAAGAACUGGCCGAGCGACGUUCACGACGUCAGUCGUGAACGUUUGUUUGUGGUGUACAGUAUCUGUAAAAUAUUGUGCCAAUAGGCCUGAACAGUUGAAUCGUGCGUAGCCAGAAAAGGCGAUAGGUUGAAACAUGCGGACACUUUUGCUAUCGGCUGUUUGUGCUCUGACUAUCGCGAUUGGCCUUUCCAAGGACGUGGACACGCCCGUCGACAAUCUGCUACCCUAUCUCCAAAGGUGUUGCCUUCUCGGUCAGGAGUUUGCCCGCUCUCGUUUGUCCUGUGACGAAGCCAAGUUGAGCGCGGCACAUCGCCAACACAUUGCGGUCUCGAACUAUAAGGGCGUCUCGAAUAUUAGCUGCACCAUAUCGGCCUCCUUCUGCUGUCAGGAAGCACUCGAGCGGGAGGUUCAUUGUGAUCAGGGCAUCAAUGCCGCAUUGGCAUAUUCGGUAUGUUCCCAGCAAACAGACUUAACUGCAAAGGCUUGCUGCAACUGGUGCACGGCUGGCCGUUUACGACAAAAAAGAGGUGACAGUUGUGAAGAGCUUUCAGAAGAGAUCCCUCUGCACGUGAGGGAAGCAUUCACGUCAUGCUGCCAGCAAAUUCCAUCAAUGAAGACCCAAAGGCAGUGCGGUAACAAUCAGUGUAAUAACAACGUCACCUGCGUGGCUCCGACGGAGACGUGCGCGUUUGAUGAUCAAAAUUGCCAUUACCGCUGUAUUGAAUCAUCGAUGAGUUGUGGCGUAGGAUACAAGAUGGACGAACUAGGACACUGUCAAGAUAUCGACGAAUGUGCCUUGAGAAUUCACUCAUGUGCCCCGCACGAGGUUUGUUUCAACGAAUAUGGAACCUACCGAUGCCGAACCUGCAAUUGUGAGGAAUAACCUAACAGCAAAAAUAUCAUGCGAGAAUCAUAAAACAUUAUAUACACCCACAUAAGAUUCAUUGACUUGACGAGCACUUCUUAACGUCGCGUUAAAUAUCUGCUUCCGUCUUCACCGCCCCAAGCUCGAGAGAGGUGGCGGCGGCGGCGGCGGCGGCAUGAUUUCACAUAUUUUUGCAGUCUUCAUGUACAUUAGCCAAUCUUUUCCUAACAAAUGGAUCGAUUGUUGAUUCGAUUAACCUAACAUAAUUAUUGAUAAUAAUAUAAGUAUUUAUUAGUCGUCGGUUCAGCUGUUAACAAACAGCUUAUCGUAAUUUACUGGACUUUACCCCUCAAGAUUUGAGACAGGUUUCAAUUUAGGUAGAAUGAAGAGUAAAAGGGACUUGCGACGGAACAGUUAGUUACCUGUACGUUUAACAACUCGUCCAAUUACUGAGGCAGUCAAACUACGUGUUUAUCGAGCUGUCGUCUUACGAGAGAGCGGGAUGGGAUGAGGUAAAGUUCAAUAAAAAGAGAAAUAAAUCCACUGUUUGUUACAAUUUA